AGCUUCCUUUAUCGUUGUGGUUUAUUUUAGUGUUCCGGAAGUGACAGAGGCCUUUGGAUUUAACGCUGUGCUCGGUUAGCAGACUGAACCGCAGCUGGAUCUAGAGUCUGGUUCUGUGGACCGAGCAGAGGUGGACCGACAGUGGGAACCGCCGGAUGUGGUUUUAACAGCGGGAAUGGAGCCGAGAAGAGAAGGUUUACCUCCAGAUGUCCAGAAGGUGAUAGUUGGUGAAGAAGAGGAGCAGGAGGGCGUUUUCAUUAAAGAGGAACAGGAGGACGUUGACAUCAUCAGGUUCACAUUCAGUCCUGCUGCUGUGAAGAGUGAAGAGGAUGAAGAGAAACCUCAGUCCUCUCAGCUUCAUCACAGCCUGACUGAGCAGGACAGAGACUCUGUGGGAAGAGAGGACACUGGCAGACCAGCACCAGCUACAGGCUUAGAGCCUGAGGACAAAACAUCAGAGUCCUUAGAGAUGGAGGUCAGUGAAGGAGAUUUGGAGGAGAGCAGUGAACCUUCAACAGGUUCAAACUCAGAGGACAGUAAAGUGCUCACAGGUGAUAUGAGAUGUGUGUCAGGUGAGGAAGCACUCAUCUGCACUGAAUGUGGGAAAUCAUUCAAGCGCAUGGCACACUUGUUGAGACAUAAGAGGAGCCACACAGGAGAGAAACCUUUUGGUUGCCCAAAGUGUGAGAAAAGAUUUGUUCAAAGUGGAAGUCUUAAAAAACACCUUUGGACUCACACAGGCCAGAAACCGUUCAGCUGCUCCGAGUGCGGCCGAUGCUUUAUGGAGAAGGCAGCUCUGACGAACCACAUGACGCUUCACACAGGAGAGAAACCAUUCAGCUGCUCUGAGUGUAGCAAACCCUUCAGCUGCCGCUCAGCCCUGAAUGCUCACAUGAAAAUUCACAGUGGGGAGAAGAACUUCAGCUGCAGUACCUGUCUCAAGACUUUCACCUGGAAUUAUCAGCUGAACAGACACAAGUGUAUCAGUCCCAAACCAGCCAGGAACCGAGUCCUGAUGCCUCGGCCACACAGUGACAAAGUAGUUGUGUUUGUACAUUUUAGUUAGUGAUUUAUGUUGUUGAGUAAGACGGUUGAUUUGAAACAGAAUCAUGAUAUCAUGUUUCUUUAAAUUUGUUGAAGUGAUGGACUAGAUAAAGGCUUUAUGACCCCCACGCACAUUGGCUAUGAAUUGAUUGACCACAAACUUGAGACGGGAAGUAUUAAACUAUAUUAUCUUUUGACUUAGUUUCGAUUUGUUUUGAGUACGAGUGUUUUUUCUGUUUAGUUUGUGUUCUUUAAAGAUGCUCAGAUUCAGGUUUAGGUUGGGUUUUCUUUUGGGGGUGUUUGUUGGAGGCAACUUUAAGAAUUCAAAGGUAUUAUAAAAGAUUUGAUUCCUUGUCAUGCAGACAUCCUGAUGGCAGUAAACAUCUGCAGUGGUGUUGCCUCCUGCUGGCUGUGUUGAAAUGUGUGACCAUAUUUUUAAUUUAUUUUAUAACUGCCGUAACUCAAACUGAAGCAUGUUUGUAGCACAGAGACAAAUCAGAGCAGUCAGGUGUCCCUGUGAAACCUGGUUUAAGUUUAAUUUGAACAAAAGGUUCAGUAGAUAACUGUGUUCAAACUACAUGCAAAUUAAAGUUUGUGUUUGGUGUGAAUGAGUUGGUGCAGUACAAAAACUGCUAGCUGUAAUCAGAUUACAGAAACAUAAUUUCAAAACUUUCUGUCUAGCACUUUUGUCUGUCUUAAAAUGAAUUUGAAUGGCACCAGCUGCCCUUGUCAAUAAGCUGCUUCUCCAUAUUGAUGACAGAUUCACUGAUGAGCUGAAAGAAAUCAGAAGAAUAAUGAUACCGUCCAAAUGGACACAAGGACAUGAAUCUGAUGUUUGAAGUGUUCAUUCGUUUUAAACCAAUGUGCCUGUGGGUCAUUUCAUGGAUGAUCCGUGAAUUCCUCCCAUCUGACCCCUUCAGAAUCAUCUGGUUUUCUUUCUACAGUAACUUUAGUGUAUUUAAUGUAUUUAAUGCCAGGUUUUACUUUUAUACCAUGAAUAUUUUAUCAGUUACAGGAGGUGGUACAAAUUUUGUGCUCUUUUAAAUAAUCGUUGCCAGUAGUUUUGAUCCCUCAUAAGUACAGGAUACAUGAAACUUUAAACUCUGUUUAAAACUAACCAAAUCAAUUUUACACUCACUCCAAGGGUCUCAUUUUUUAUUUUUAUUAGCUGAUUGUGAUUAUUCAGAGCACCGGAGGAGGGAUUAAAAAAAUGCUGCUGUUUUUGUUUUUGUUUUUUUUCAGUUUGCACUAAAUGUAACUAAUACUAAAUGUAACAGUUUUACUAAAAGAGCAGAAUCAGUCUGAUCAUACAGACAGGAAAACAUUGUAAAUGUUAAGAUUGGCUGAUCAAAUAUGAGAUUUGAAAACUAGGACUUUGAGUCUUACCAUUUUCUCUCACAUGAUGUUACAUCCAGCAGCAUUACUGAUUCACAGCAUCUGAGUGGGCUGAUGCAGGAAGUCUAUACAGGAGAGGGUAUAAAAGGAAAAAUGAUCAGAGCUUCUAGAAAAACCUCAGAGAGCACUGAUCGACUUGCUGAGGACACAGCAUCACCUCCUGGAAAGAGCUGAGAGCAAAGCUGUGGCCAGUCCUUCCUGUUUGGGUACGUCAGCAACAGCAAGAGCUGAUCAUUUCAGAGAUAUUUGCAUUUUCUUUGCUCAGCUUCACCUCACAGGAUCCAGUAAGGAUGUGAGUAGAACAGAUGAGAGGGUGAUCUGAUUCUUGUAUUUCUGAUUUUAAAACCUUUGAAUACAUUUUGCUGAUCAUUUCUGCAUUAAAGUACAUUUAAAGUAAA